CGUUAUAAACUAUGAGUGUUAUAUUUAACACAAAGUGGUUACAAAGGAGUGAACAACAUUCUGCAUACAUUUCGAGACACGAUAAAAAUUAUAAACUUACCAAACCGAACUAAUUAAGCGCUUUGUCAUUUAUAUCAAAUGGUGUGAUUCAUAAAUUAAAUUACAUAUAAACAAAGAAAUGUUAUAACUGACAUUUACGAAAAAAAGGUGUUGAUUUGCCAGCAGUGCUGCAAAGUGAACUGUUUAUGAAUCAAAAACGAAAAUAACAUUUUAAUUUUUAAAAAAAUGAUAAAAUUAAUUUUAAACAAUUACGUCUGGUGCAAUAUGAGCUUUUUAUUUUCGAAAAUGGAUUAAACCAUUUGACUUUGAAGUUAAAGGAUAAUUUAAAUUUGUGUUAUUGCUCAUUGAGAACAAAAAUUAAUGAAAUAUGAAGUACAGUAAAAAAUAUCAACUCAUGAGUGUGUGUACAUACAUUUUUGGGAUUAUACUAACUUCGUGUGGAAUUGUAACACCAAAAGUGUUCUACAAUGUAACGUGUGGUUCACAGAUAAUGACUGUUAAUAUGAAUCUUGCAAAUCAUCCGUCUUCGAUUGUUUAUUUGCAAAAUCUCAAAGGUUACCCUGGUUGUGAACCAAAAAUCAAUCAGAAUAUAGUUUUAUUUCGAUUGAAUCUGAAUGAUAGCGGGCUAUCUUGUGGAGUCUCGAAGAUGCUCAAUAAACAAACGGGACAUAGAAUAUUUUAUCACAAGGUCGUUAUUGAAUCGCAGAAACAAGAUAAAGAGCUAUUGUUUGUACAGUGUGUUAUUCCUGGUGACUUUAAUAUGGAAUUUGUCAGACAAGACUGGUUACGAGAAAGUGUGCCAUACAAUUUUACAGCUCCAACAACUACACCCGUUGAGGUUUACAAUGAUAUAGUUCCUUAUGUCAAUAUGGCUGUAAGAAAUAGAGGUCAAAGGAUUGACACAAGCGCAGUGGUUCAUCCUGGAUCGUUAUUGGAUUUGCUCAUUUAUUUAGACAAAGAAUCAACGGCUCACUAUGAUAUUUCACUGCGGUAUUUGACACUAGCAGAUCCUACACGUAGUAUAGAAGAAAUAGUUGUUAUGAACGGGUGUUCAGUGGAUCCAUUUGUAUUGGAUGUAUUUCCACCAACAGCCGGUGUUCUGAGAUCACAAUUUCGUGCCUUCAAGUUUCAGAGCUCAGAUUUUGUCAUUUUUCUUGCAACAGUCAGUGUCUGUUUGCAGCAAUGUAUGGAGGUGGAUUGCUACGGGGAUCCUGAUCAAUCAGGGAGGAGGAAACGAGAAAUCCCCAAGUUCCUCCCCCACUAUACCAAUGAAAUGUACGAGGUGGAGCUAUCAGCUUUUCUUCGCAUCAAGUCUAACGUUGAGGGGGAUAUCAUCAUAGAAGAAAGUACAAAUGACACAUUAGACAUGUACGAUGCAGAAUACAGUGGAGAUUUUGGAGAAAUAGUGUCCAGCAGCUUUACGACAAGCCCUCAAUCAGAUCAGAAAUUUUUUCUAUGUGAAAUCCUUUUCUUCACAUGUCUCUUUUUUGCCAACAUUCACUUACUACGAUCCUGAGGGCAUGUAAGGAUAUAUAUAGUUCGCAAUAUCCGGGAGGCUCAGUGCAGUGAUAUACUGCGCAGAGCAGUAAGACUUUCUAACUCAUCACAAUACACUGAUAUCCAUUGUAUUCUUCCGGAAACGUAACGAGAGUUUUCCAUAACAAAAACAUUUUUCGGAAGUGUUUUUAAUCGACUAUCGUGAGGAAUAAAGUAAUCUGCAUUCAGAUUGUAAAAUACACAUUAAAAAAUGCUCUUGAUGUAAAUAAAACAAUCUUUAAACUUUUGACAAAUGGAUAUUUUUCCCUUCAGGACAUUGUUGCAAGUGAUAUGACUUACCGUUGUAACGCAGACGGCAGUUCGGACAGCGUUUCAACACCGACAAUUUAGUCUGUGCUAAAGUACGAGGUGGACUAUUCAGUGACAUUACUAAAAGUAAAAUUUCUAUGAUGUUCAACAAUUUUAAAAGAUUGCCACUAUAUUGAACUUGAAGUUUGAAGAGAAAUUGAAUAGUUUACGAGACUUGCUCAAAGGAAAGUUUACGUUGAAUAAAAAGAGUGUUGUACUUCUCCAAAAUAAAAUACUUUUAUCGUG